UUCAGGCAAUGGCCGAUCGCGGCAUGGAGGAUUGCGUCUGCAUCGAGCGGCCCAGCGCGAAAUACUGAAAAAAAAGCUGACAGCUUAUUUGUCGCAAAAUUUGUGAGACGGCAAACUGUGCGAGCAUGAGAUGAGGCUGCAGCUGGCUGGAGAACAUGUCCUCCGAAUGCCUUAGUGAUCGCAUAGAGCGAGUGAAGUUGCAGUGUUUAAGUGUUUCGUCUCACAAAUGUGACGAAGAAAAUGUGUUUAAACGAUUGGAAAAGUCGCCAGUGAAUGGGUUGACAGCUCCGGCUGUCCGAAGUUGGAAUUCCUCAAGUCUUCGUUCGGAUCAGCCACCGUACCCGUCUCCGACUGCAGCGUCAAGCAAUACGACUCCCCAUCAUGUUGCGAGAUGUCGUUUUCAGAGUAUGUGGACUACUGGCAAAAGCUCAUCGACUCUGGGCACGACUAUUGUGCGAACCCGUGCCUGUACCUCAAAGACUGGCAUUUCACCAGGGAUUUUCCCACCUAUGGCCCUUAUACUACACCAAAAUAUUUCAGUUCUGACUGGCUUAAUGAGUAUUGGGACUUAAGGACUGAUGUAAAGGAUGACUUUCGCUUUGUGUACAUGGGACCCAAAGGAUCAUGGACACCACUGCACACGGACGUGUUCAAGUCGUACAGUUGGUCUGCCAACAUCUGCGGGAGAAAGCUUUGGUACCUAUUCCCUCCACGCGAAAGUCAAGUCAACAAGGGAAAGAAGAACAAGCUGCCAUGCGACGUCAAUACUCUGCUGGAGGAGAGUGUCAAAGACGCCGCUGAGGCACCAAACCUUCUGAAAGAGGGAAAAAAUGCGCCAUACUUGAAAGUAAUUCAAAACCCCGGAGAGAUUAUAUUUGUCCCAAGUAAUUGGUACCAUCAAGUCCACAACCUGGAUGACACGAUCUCAAUCAACCAUAACUUUCUUAAUGCUUGCAAUGUUAAGACAGUAAUGAUCAAUCUGAUGGCUGCAUUAAUUGAUGUUCAAGAGGAAAUAGCGGCCUUUCAAGACACUGACGGAUUUCAGGAGCAUUGUCAAGCUAUGCUGAGAGCUCACUUUGGCAUGAAUGUGGCAGACUUUUGCGCGAUGCUUGAAGCGAUCUUGAGACGAAGAAUAGAAAUGUUUAAAGUGCCUCCAGCGCAACGAGGUGCUGCUUAUCUCACCAAGGAAGCACUUACUUAUGACGUGACAGCUGCCUUGUUCUGCCACAAGGAAAUACUGGAGUGGCCUGCUCCCAUAUUGGAAACAGCACAUAUCACCAAAGAACUUGCAUGUCAACUUGGGAAGGACCUAGAAGAACUAGGUGAGCUAGACAACAACGUGGAACAUUCAUUGGACAUUGUGCAGCCUGCCCUGGUGAUGUAGAAUGAAGAAUUCUCGUUGCUGCAAUAGGUCUGAGUAUUUGCAUUACUAAAUAGUGAGAAUCCUUGUUUUCUAUAAGAAAGUUGUGAUAAGAGCCAUGUUCUGCCGAGUACUUUCGCACCGUAUGUAAAUGUGCCUAUAUAUUUAAUGCAGUUCUUGUAGACUUUUAAUUGUGUAAUUAGGAAGAAAUGUGUGACUAGUCCUCCACGGUAUGAAUUUUAUGAGAAUAAAGGUGUUCUUUUCAUGCA